UGCCCUGACGUAUCGCAUAUGAGUUAUUUGAUUGGUGCAGCGUCCAGCGUCACAGAAGACGGAACAAACAUGGAGGGAAAGACUCAGGACGCGUCCUCAACAGCGCCGAAACAUCUCACACCUGCCCAGAAACAGCUCCUCAAAAGACAGCAGGAACUGGAAUACUGGAAAAGGCACUCAAAACAAAUCCGAAGCCGUAAUUUGAUCACGGGUCUGACCAUCGGAGCCUUUGUGGUGGGCCUAUUCAGCUACACCAUUCUCUCAGUCAGGCAGGAGAGAAUCAUGGACGAGAUUGAUGACGAGGCAAAGACCUUCAUCAUGAAAGGGCCUCGGACGGGGGCCAACUCUUAGUCUCAGUGAUGCUGAAGGAGCUGGAGCUUUACGAUGUGGGCAAGACGGUGAACGUUUGUCUUGAUGUCUGAGACUGUGGAUACUUUGCAUCCAGUGUAAAUGAACAUAUAUUUUUCAGUGGCCACAGUAUAUGAUACAAAGCAAAAUGCAAAAGUUUUUUUCAAUAAGAAAUGAUUUAAAUACAUAUUUAUUUAUUUCAAUCAUUCAUUGUCUUUGCCUUUUCUUCUGUUUAGUUAAUGUGACUUAAAAAUAAAAUAAAAGUUAAUCUAGAAUUUGA